GGUUGUAACCUGACACCUGACCAGGUAUCGUACAGUGCCGUAUAGGAAUUGCUAGUUUUUGAAAGCUACAAACAGAAAGCAGCAGUAAUACAUUAAAGCAGUUUAACCGCAGAGAAAAGGGAUAUGUUUACAAUUAACCUCACAUUUUACUAGUUUGAGUAUCAGCAAAAGCAUCAAGGAUUAGUUAGCUGGAACAGAGAUACCUCGUAUCAUGGAGUUCUCAGGGUGAAGCAGUCUUUUGCAUCAACCCAAAGCACAGAUAGUUUAAACGUAGUACAGAGAAGUUUUAAUUUAAAGCUAGGUUUCAAGGACUGAUCUCUUAAGUUUUGAAUUUCAAGCUGUAUAGUAAUGCACUGUUAGAAUGGAAGAACGACUGCAUCUCAAUUUAGGCUGGUUAUCAAUUACAAUACUUUUACUAAAAGGAGGAUCUUUGCUCACACAAGCAAAGAAUGUAACAGAUUCUACACAAUCAACAAAUGCUGGUAGCACACCAUCUACAACUCCACCACCUAACAAAGUAAACAUAGCAGCCAUUGUGGCCCCAUGUGUCAUUGGCGGGGUGAUAGUUCUAGCUGUCAUUCUGACUUUUCUCAUUUUAAAAGUGCGGGAGAAACGUCAGACUGAAGGCAACUACAGUCCCAGCAGCCAGGAGCAGACGGGAUCUCGGAUGGAAAUGAACAAUACCCUAAAACUACCACCUGAAGAGCGCCUUAUCUGAUAUGCACAGGCUCUGUCAUGCACACAAGACUUGAGGUUUCAUGGCGGAAGGAGUAGAAAUCAACAGUAUUCCCUGCUCGACUUAACAAGUUAGCAGGAGGAGAAAUGCUACAAAAGUGUGCGUGGGUGUGUUUUGCUUAAACCACGGCAGCUUCAGAGAUAACCCUGCACGGAUUAUCCGUGAACUGUUUUAACCGUCUUGACUCUUGUCAGCAGGAUGGGGAAGCCUGGAGAUCCGAGCUUGUGCUGUAUGCUGUGUUGGUUACGGUGGCGUUGUUGUUCAUUUUCUUCCUAAUCCUGACUGCCGCUGUC